GGAUCAAUCCCUCCAAAUAGUUUAAAAACUAAGUCGACGCUGCCUCCUUUGGCAAGUAGCAAAGGAAAUAGCAGAAAUGGCGGCAUUAGCACAAGGAGUGAUUGUGGAUCACAUUGCCAGACAAUCCAAGGACAUUAGGCGCCUCGCCGAUUUCUACAUUGAGACAUUUGGAUUCGAGGAGGUAGAGAGUCCAAAGGUCGGGCCACUCAAGGUGAUAUGGCUGGUUAAGCCCUCAGCUUUUACCAUGCACCUUAUUGAGUUCAACCCAAGUUACCCCCCAAACGAGAGUAAUGACACGGCAGCGGUAGCUGAACCUGCCAAAAUUCCCAGAGGCCACCAUAUCUGCUUCUCUGUCUCCAACUUCGAAUCCUUUGUGCAGAAACUCAAGGAAAAGGUAAUUGAGACGGCUCGUAGGCCAGUUGAAUAUAAUCCAACUGGCAGUAAGAAAAUCGACCAGGUCUUUUUCUUUGAUCCCGAUGGCAACGGUUUGGAGGUUUCGGAUUCCACCGCAGCAAAGUGGGUUGCUCCAAAUCGUAAUGCAGAUUGACGACAAUAGUGUACAUUUUCAUAACAAUAAGCUGCAUAUAUAUAUAUAAAUAUAUAUGUCAUUUUCAUCGACAUGUCUCCGUUUAUGCAAUUGUAGUAACUCGAUCAGGUAUCGUUUUAUGUAUGCAUGUACAUUUGUAUCGUUUUACAGACAUAAGAUGUAAUUUAGUUCU